AUGGCUUCUCAUUUCUCGCGUCCUCGAACCUGUGCAAUUCCCAUCAUAGACCCCUCUGGCCAACUAGUUUCUGUGGACAGUGUGAAUGGAGUUUCGAGAACAAGCCCGCCUUCACAUAGUCAUCCAAGGACUCAAACAAAUGGGGUUCCGUCCACCGCAUCAAGUAAUUCUCCACGACAAGAUGUCCCUGUUCAAACUUAUUCAGCUGGUUAUACAGCUCCGGCAUUGAGUUCAAGGGUCCAGAAUACCCCUGCUGGAUUCCAGGGACAACAACUCAACUACCUUGAACGAAGAAGGGAGGCAUUCUCUGUCGAUGAAUCACACCACUUCUCUCUCAACUCACAACUCCCGGCAUGGCCAAGUCAAAGGUCUAUUUACAAUGGCACCAACCAACCUGCAGGUCGCUCAACCACUUGGAAGCCAGAUGUAUAUGCUCGUAGCUAUGUUCCGGCGUAUCUCAUCGCCAUUAACCGAUCCCCUGCGGUUGAUAGAUAUAGCACGCAAUUGAAGAGUAUCGAUUUUGCGUCAUACGUUGCGAGGUUUUCAGGGACUUCGUUUCUAGAGCCGUUACCUGUUGAAAAUUUACCAACGCUCAAGAGCGUGCCCGUGUCAAUCUCCCGUCACACCAGAAAUCUGUCGCCAUCAUCUUACCUUUAUUACUUUGACGAAUGCCUUCUCUUGGAAGGGAUGAACUAUUCCCAGGAGUUAUCAGGACGCAGUCUCUAUAACGUCAUACUUACUUUGACGGACGCCAGACAGAAUCUUUAUAGUCUCCAUGUACCUGGUCUUAAAGAUGGCGCACCAAAAGUUGGCCUGGGAGAUACUGUGCUCGUGCGACAGAUAGUCCCUUUCCCCCAACUUGCCCAGCAAGGAGCUGAAUGGCUGAGCCAUAACAAGACAAACCUCACCGGAUCCAUUGCGCCUGGCUUUUCGGGUCACCAACUUCACGCUGUUGUAUGGGGGAUAUCUAUGGCAAAGGAAACAAUCAUCAUCAGGAUCGAUCAUCUUCUCCCGACAUCUCGACUCUGCAAUAUCCAAUUUACUGUCCAACCGGAUCUGUUCGUGCCGCUCUGGAGAGCUGUUGUUGACGUCACAGAUGGCAGGCUGUGGGAGCAUGAGGAUGUCAAGGCUGAAGUUGCCGGCUCCAUUGAGAACAAACGAAAUUGGCUUCGUCAUAUGCUCUUUCCAGAACCCAGUGAUGGUGUUUUGCAAACCAUGCUGCCCAAAGGAGCUUUCGAACAUAACUGGGCAGAUAAAGACUUGAAUUAUCAACAGAUGAAAGCAGUCGACUCUAUAAUCACUCGCAACUACGGUACUAUUCCAUUUUUGAUAUCUGGGGUACCAGGGUCGGGCAAAACGAAAACCGUGGUUGAAUGCACGCUGCAACUUCUACAUCAAAACGAUAAAAUAAAACCUCAUAUUUUGCUUUGUGCUCCCUCCAAUCCAGCGGCCGAUACUCUAGCCAUGCGCCUAGCUAAGCACCUGCAGCCCCAUGAAAUGUUCAGACUCAAUGGAUGGUCGAGGACGUUCGCAGAAGUUCCUGACCAGCUGUUACCCUACACACAUUCGGAGAAUGACCUUUUCUCAAUGCCGGAGUUCAAAACUAUGAUGAGCUACAAAGUCGUUGUGACCACCUGCAUGGAUGCACAUAUACUUGUUAGGGCACGGUUGUCUAAUCAAGACCUAAUGAAAUUGGGGUUCGAGAUGUUUAGUUCGAUCUCACCAGGGAUAAAACCGAAUCCGCGGGAUAUGCUUCACUGGACUGCUCUGAUCGUGGAUGAAGCGGCGCAAGCGACAGAGCCAAUGGUUUGUAUCCCACUGUCGGUGGUUGCAACGCCAUUAUGCGUCAAGGAGAACGUUGACUCCUCAAACACAAAGUCCAGUUUACCAUUAUUCAUCAUGGCAGGAGAUGAGCAUCAGCUUGGACCCCGAGUUUCGAAUACCAACACGGCAUUCUCAGUCUCUUUAUUUGAGCGCCUAUUUUCUCUUCCCAUCUACGCAGAUCACCCACUCUCGCGCCGUAAUGCCGGACCAUAUAAAAAGCUAACGCAAGAAAUGCUUCCGAUUCCACGACCAGCAUUCACCAACCUCACUCGCAAUUAUCGGUCUCAUACAUCCAUUCUCGCCAUGCCAUCCGUUCUGUUUUACAGCGACACCCUCAUCCCCUCAGCUACUCCAGCACAUCCGGAUGGGCCUGUUCCAUCGUGGCCAGUCUGGAAAGCACCCCAUCGGUGGCCAAUACUAUUCACCUGUAACACUUCCCCCGAUGAUGUAGAGGAAAUCCUCCACAGUCCAGCCGGUAGCGGCCUUUUCAACCAGGGCGAGGCCCUCAAAGCACUACAUUUCGUACAGUCCCUCCUCGAUCACUCCAACAGCCUAAGUUACCCCUCUAAUGCCGCCACUUUAACUCUCACAACAACCCCAAUGCGGCCCAUCACUCAACAAGAAAUUGCGGUAAUAACCCCUUUCCUGACCCAAGUAACCCACCUCCGACGCCUCUUCCGCGACCACAACCUCCACUCCGUCAACAUUGGCCCCGUCGAGGCAUUCCAGGGCCUUGAAUCGCGCUUCCUGAUAAUCUGCACGACCCGCACGCGCGCCGAGAUGCGCUUUAUUCAGCAGGACCAGUCAUUCGGCUUAGGCCUGGUUGGCGAAAGACGUCGAUUCAACAUGGCCAUGACCCGGGCGAAGGAAGGGUUGAUCGUAAUCGGCAAUCCGGAUGUGCUGGUUGGCGUGUCGAAAGAUGAGUCGUGGCGAGCUUUCCUUAGUUUUUGUGCCAGGAAUGGGUGUUGGGAUGUUGAUGAGAGUAGUGAAGAUGCGGGCAUGAAGAUGUGGGCGUGGGCAGAUAGGUUGGCUGGUCAUCGGAGGCCGGGGCGUGGGAAUGUGAAUGGAUAUGGCAAUCGGGGUGGGAGUGGGAGUGGGAGUGGAAAUGAGAAUGGGAACGGCAAUGGGAGCGGCAACGGGAACGGGAACGGGAACGGGGUUGCGGCGCAUGCAGAAAAUUAUGAAGAGGAGGACGAUAUACGGCUUCAGGGGUAUGUGAGCCGUUUGGAGCGGGGUUUGCUCUAUGCGCAGAGCGCAAAGGAAGGUUAUGACGGGGUCAGCGGGCCUGUUGAUGGGGAGAAUUCGGGUGAUGCUACAGGCAGACAUUAUCUAAAGGGAGGCCGGUGCGGACAAGAGAAAGGGAAGGGUUAUUUGGGUAAGGAAUGGAAUACGGUUGAUGAUUAUGAUGCGGCGAUGUGGACGGCGGGAAUCGCGGCUGAGGAGGUGCUACGGGGUUCGCUUGAUGACUGA